UACAGGGAAACUACAUACCGCACAGAGAGUACACCUUACAGAGUCACAAAAGCCAAUCAACAUAUAUCUCUUCACGCUUCUCUUAGCUGCUUCCCUCUCUCCUUUAUCUUUCUUUCUGUCUCUCUCUGUGUGUGGGUUUCAUUUGGCCAUUUUUUUGGGGGGCCACAACUCUACUACCCUGUGUAAAUCCUUAAUAUCUUCGAAUUUCAAUGUUUCUUGAUCUGGGUAUCAAGUGUCCCUUCUUCAGAUCAUUGUUUUAGCCUUCAAAAAUCUUUACUUUUGUUUAUUAGCCGCGAAGAACCAAGCUGGGUCUUGGUAUUUUUUAAGUUUUAUUUGUUUUCUUAACAGAUUCAAAGUAAUGGGUCUCUUGUUGAGGAUGCAAAUAAGCUUUUACCAAAACCAGAAUGAUUCUUUGUCCAUAUGAGUAUUUCUUUCACGGGAUUUUAAAAUUAUGGGUAGAGGUAGAGGAAAGGCGAAAAAGUUGAAUGUCAGCAAUCAUGAUGAUCCUGGAAGUGGUGAGGAAGAGAAAAUUCCAGCACAGAAAAGAAGGGGAAGGCCUCAAAAACCACUGAAAGAUGAUGUUGAUGAAGAGGAAGUUGAAAAAAUAGAGGAGGAAGAUGGAGAGAAUGGAAAAACAGGCAUUACAAGCAAAGAGACAAAAAGUCCAAUAGCAGCAGAAAAUGGGAAGAAGAGGAAGCGAUACUCACAGGCAAAGGAGAAAGCUGAUUCAGUGAAGGAAGAAAAUGGUAUUGCAACCAGAUCAAUAACUGAUGACUCAACUAAAUCUAAUGGAUUCCGACAUAACGGAAGCAGGCGGAAAAACAAGCCUCGUCGAGCUGCUGAGGCAGGUGUUGAAUGCAAAUGAGUUUGUGGCUGGCUUUUAUGAUGGGUCUCUUCUUUUAACGUGCCGAAUAAAUUACAAGAUAGGAAAUGAGGCCUAGUAAAUCUCUAGUUUCAUUUUGUUUUUGUUUUAUUACUUUGAUGAUCUUUUUGGCAAAUUUCCAUUUUUAAUUCCUUUUCAUUUGAAUGGGGAGGUUAAAUACUGAUUUGCUGCCUGUAAUUUUUGAUAUUAUUGUUAUGUUUUUUUAUAUUAUCACUGAUCUCCUGUAUCAUUUGGUUUA